AUAUCAAUUUAUCAAAACCAUACAAAAUAUGGUUCUCUAUCUUCUUUUUCUCCUCGCCUUCGUCAUCGCCGUUUCCCGAUUCCUCUCCACCUCUUCAGCUUCCAAACACCGGCUGCCGCCAGGGCCAAAGCCAUGGCCGAUUAUAGGCAACAUCCCUCACCUCGGCAAGCAAGUUCACGUCUCCCUCCAACGCUUCUCCCAGCUCUACGGCCCUCUCAUCUCCCUCCGCCUCGGCUCCCAGCUCGUCGUCAUCGCCUCUUCCCCUGCGGCCGCCGCAGAAAUCUUAAGAACCCACGACCGCCUCCUCUCCGCCAGAUACGUCGCCACGGUUGUGCCUUACGACACGGUGGAGCUCGACCGCAAGGCCAUCGUUUGGGCUUCCAACUGCAACAACGACCGGUGGAAGGCCUUCCGAGCAAUGUUCAGGAACCAGAUGUUCUCCGCGAGGGCCAUCGAAUCUCAGGCCGCCGUCAGGGAGAGGAAGGUCGCCCGGAUGGUGGAAUUUCUCCAAGGGAAAUUAGGGGAGCCUGUUAAGAUCGCUGAACUAGCUUUCGCUGCUAUCUUCGACUCGUUGUCGAAUCUCAUGUUCUCGCGAGAUUGCAUCGGGUUCGAAAGUAGCAGCGAGACUGCGAAUCGAUUGAAGUCGCUGAUUUGGAGGAUGAUGGAACUGGGGACUAAAACUAAUUUCGCCGAUUAUUUCCCAGUUCUGAAGAAACUGGAUCCUCAGGGCCUGAGACGCGAGAUGUUUCGCCUUUGCAAUGAGCUCUACUCCGUCUGGCAGCCUGAAGUCAAAGAGAGGAGAGAGCGAGGGCGACCUGGUGGUGCUGAAGACUUCUUGGAUAUUUUCUUUGAAAAUGGACUCGAUGAUGACCAGAUUGACUGGUUGAGUCUCGAAUUGUUCUCGGCCGGUACGGAUACGAGCAUGGCUACAAUAGAAUGGGCAAUGGCAGAGCUAAUUCGAAACAAGGGAGCGAUGGACGAGCUGCGGGACGAGCUGAAGACAAAAUUGUCACCACCGCUUGAUGGGAAACCGGCGUUGAUCGACGAAUCUGUGGUGGCUCAGCUUCCAUACUUGAGCGCAAUUGUCAAGGAGACGCUGAGGCUACACCCUCCGGCGCCGCUGCUGCUGCCGCAUCGAGCGCCGGAGACUUGCAAGGUGAUGAAUUACACGGUCCCUGAAGGGACUCAUAUUGUGGUCAACGUAUGGGCUAUUUCUAGGGAUCCGAAGGUGUGGGAGGAUGACCCGAUGUCGUUUAAGCCGGAGAGGUUCAUUGGGUCGAGCGUGGAUUUCAGGGGGCAGGAUUUCGAGUUUCUGCCGUUCAGUGCUGGGAGGAGGAUGUGCCCCGGAGUGUCAUUGGCCACCCGACAGAUUCCGUUGGUUUUGGCUGCUUUGGUUCGGAGCUUCGAUUGGUCCCUCUCCGAUGGAGAGGAUCCGACGGAGUUGGAUAUGAGUGAGAAGUUUGGUACAACGUUGGAGAAGGAACGACCUCUGCUUCUUGUUCCCAACCGGAGUUCAUUAUAAGGUCUUCCAUGUUCCCUUUGAGAUACAAUAAAAAAACGAAGAAGAAUAAUGGUCCAUGUAUAUAUAUGGAAGUAGGUACUCUCGAGCCGGGGCUUGUGUGGAUAAUGCUUGUGUGAUGGAAUAAUAGUCCAUAAUGAGUUUCGUUAUAAGUUCAAAAUAGUAGUUAUAAGUUCUUAAUGAUAUCGUACUUAUUAUAUGUCUUGUUUUUAUUUAUUUAAAUGAUGAAUU